GGAUCUUUUCAGCUUUCAAUUGGUGCCCUAGCUUCCUCUUCCUCCAUCUCCAUUGCACCUUUGGCACGAACCCAAUUCACGAGGGAUCGGAAUAGCCAUGGGGAAGAAGAAAAAGAGGGUUUCUUCGAAGGUGUGGUGUUAUUACUGCGAUCGAGAAUUCGACGACGAGAAGAUCUUGGUGCAGCAUCAGAAAGCGAAGCACUUCAAGUGUCACGUUUGCCAUAAGAAGCUCUCCACCGCUGGUGGCAUGGCCAUCCACGUCCUCCAGGUCCACAAGGAAUCCGUCACCAAGGUGCCCAAUGCAAAACCUGGCAGAGAGAGUACGGAUAUUGAAAUAUAUGGAAUGCAAGGGAUUCCACCAGAUAUCUUAGCUGCUCAUUAUGGGGAGGAAGAGGAUGACGUUCCAUCAAAGGCAGCUAAGGUGGAUGUCCCAUCAACUCAGCUUGUGGGUGGAAUGGUGCCACCCCCUUUGGGUACAGGAUAUCCUCCUCGAUCAACCUUGGGUACAAUUCCACCGGUUUACAAUCCAGCUGUACCUGUACCUCCAAAUGCUUGGGUGGUUCCACCUCGAUCUCAGCCAUGGUUUCCACAGCCUCCAUCUGUUUCAAUUCCUCCUCCUGCCCCAUACACACAGCAGCCAUUAUUUCCUGUGCAGAGCGUGAGGCCUCCACUGCCAGCAACUGUUUCUCCUGCACUCCAAACUCAGAUUACUCCUCCUGGAUUGCCUACAUCUACAUCUGUCCCAGUUUCACAACCUUUAUUUCCUGUUGUUGGAAAUAACCAUUCUACAACUCAAAGUUCAACAUUUUCUGCUCCACCUCUGUCCUCAAGUGUGCAAUCAAUAACUCCAGCACUGUCUACAAGUGUCCCUGUUGAUGCACAUUUGAGUGUCAACUCUUCUAUAACAAAUAAUUAUCAGGCCAUAGGGAUUCCAGGUGGGGUAGCAAGUAACUCACAUUCUUAUGCUUCUGGUCCAAAUACUGGUGGUCCUUCAAUUGGUCCUCCCCCAGUAAUUGCAAACAAAGCUCCUGCACCGCAGCCUGCCACUAACGAAGUUUACUUAGUUUGGGAUGAUGAGGCAAUGUCCAUGGAGGAAAGAAGAAUGUCUUUGCCAAAAUAUCAGGUGCAUGAUGAAAGUAGCCAGGUAAGUCAUACUACCUCUGUAAUAGAUGGAGUUGCUUUCACAUCUAACCAGAUGAGUAGGCUUUAUGCUCCUUGUUUUCAGAUUCAGUUCUUUACACAUUGUUUCCUAUUUAAAGAGGUACAUUCUGUAUAAAUUUCUAAUCCUUUUUUUCUGAAAAGAAUAAAUGGCAAAGAAAAUAUGAUCCCUUUAAUCCUCCCUUUUGCUUCCAACCUAAAUGGGUAGUUCAUGCUGUUUUAUUUUGAAUUGCCACUAUGGCUGCAAGCUAUCCCUCCAAUUUUUGUGGGCAUCUAAAGAUUCAAGUAGGUAUUCUAUUAUUUUGGUAGUUUUUAUAAUUACCACAACAUAAUUUGUGAAGCUUGCUGCAAACAACUAACUUCGUGAUACUUCAUCCCAGCAUUUGUACACCGUAAAAGAGUAUGUAUAUAUGAUUUUUGUUGGGUUUGGUUUUGCCAUUGUUAUUCUUUCCCCCUACUUAAUUUCAAAGUUUGGGGUUUUGGGUGGAGCAUGAUCUUACCCAUCAGAUUUUUGCCUAUUCGUAGCAUCAUUACAAUUUAUUUUAUGGAACAAGUGAAUUCAGACUUGGCCCAGGUCAGCUUCUUUCGCAGAGUUUGGAUCUCUUGCAUAGGACCAUGCUCUAAAAUAUUCGGUUUAUAGUUGUAAUUUGUGUUCAAUGAUUACUUGCUGAUCAUUGUUAUCAUUUUAUCUUUCAGAUGAGCUCCAUUGAUGCAGCCAUAGAUAAGAGGAUACUUGAAAGCAGGCUUGCUGGUCGUAUGGCAUUUUAGAUCCAUCUCAUCCAUAUACUCGUCAAAUUUCUUCAAUGAUUUGGGCUCGAAACGGCAUUUUAAUAAGCUUCUGACAACGAGUGUUCAACAUUUCUUUAUUUAGUGCUCUAGCAAGUAGUAACCUUGUUAUUGGUGCGAUUCUUUGCCAAAAUGGGCGAUUGGCCCUACCGUCAUAGUGGAAUCAAAGGAAAAAGAUUGAAGUGUUUCUGAUAAGAUUGUUCGUAGGAAGUUGCAGAUCUUAGUUUAUUUCUCAUUUCCUGCCUUUUCUCCCUUUGAUGUUUGUAGUCAAGUUUAUAGGACAUGAUACUUAAAACAGUAAUAUAUUUGAUGUAAUCUACAUUACAUAGCUUUAUUUUUGGAGAUAAGUUGAUGGCAAUUCUUGGUUCUUG